AUGAAUCCAUCACCACAAGAUAAAGAGGUCCCAGAACCCAGUAAGCUGACGAUAUACUCUUUUGGCUCGCCAAAAAAGCAGAACCCCGAACCUGAAACACAACAUAAUAAUCAAGAUGAUCCAAGUAAUACCACUGAACAAAUUUCAAAUCCUCCAUUACCAGACAUCAAUUCUCAUAAUCCUAUCACAAAUCCACAAAGGGCCAUUGAUGAAACAAUAAUCAAAUUAUCACCAAGUCAGUCAAGCUUGCCAUUCAGACUACGGCCUAGAGUACUGACGUCUUUAGAUGAAUUAGAAUCUGAAGAUGAAUUGUAUAUUCCAAAGAUACACAACCCUGAUGCUAAAAAGAAAGCUGGUAGACCAAAAAAAGAAACUGGUAAAUUGGCACAACUUUUGAAUAUUAAAGGUAAAAGGGGUCGCCCAAAGAAGAAUGAUUCCUUAGAUUCAGAUAAUGAUGAAGUUGAGUCAAGGUUCAUAGGCGGUAAAAGAUCUAUAGGUCGUCCAAAGAAGAAUAGAGAUCCAUUGAUUUCAGUAGAAGGUGGUAUAUCUGCAAUUAUAUCUAGAGAUUCUGAUGAUCAAGGAUCAACCCCAGAAAUAAUACCUAAAACCGAAAAUCAAGAACCCAUCAAAUUAAAUUUAAAAGAGUGUAUUGUUGAAUUUGAACCUCAAGAUGUUUUGAAUAGGUCACUAAGGUAUGAUUCAGAUUUCAAUUCAGAUGAUAGUGGAAGUGAAUCAGGUAGUUAUAUUUCUGAGGAUGAAUCUCGUGAUUGGAAACCAACAAAUCGUUAUGCUGGUUCUGGAGAAGGAAACAAAAAACCUAAAAGAAAGCGUGGGAGACCAAGUAAAUAUGAACCUCCUUUACAUAGACCAUCAUCAAGAAACUCAAACAAUUCAUCAAAACCAAGAGGAAGACCUAGAAAAGAUGGAAGCCCCGCUCAUCCACUAAAACAAACCAUCAAGACUGAAUUGAAACCAGACUCAAACAGUAUUGGUAACAGAACGAGAGGUCGCCCUAAGAAUGUACAAUUAGAAGAAACCAAAGUUAAGGAGGAAAAACCGGAAGGUUUAAUAGAAUUUGAAUACGAUGAUGAUAUGGAAGAUGAUUUAACAAAUUUUGUGUUCAUAAAAGCAGAACAUGAUGCAAAUAUGUUGAAGAAAACUCGUGGUAGACCAACACUUAGUGUAGUUGCUAAACAACAAGAACAACAAAAAAUUAUUAAAGCUGAUGUGUUUUCCAGUCCAAAAAGACAAAAACUUGGUGCAAUAACUUUAGCUGAAACUGAAUUAUCACCUUCUAAGAAAGGUAUUUUAACAUUAGAAGGUUCAUCACCAAUUAAAACACCAAAUGGGAGAGCAGGUUCACCUAGAAAACAAAAACUUAGGCGUGCCCAACAAGAUCAAAGUGCAAGAAAAAGAGCUACAAAAACCUUAUAUCAAAAAUUAAUGGAAGAUGAUAUGGAUGAAGAUGAUGAUUAUUUUGAAGGUCAGGAUUAUGAAGAGGAAAAAAGAUUAGCUGAAAGAAUCAUUGAAGAGUCAAGAAAAAGUGUAAGUGCUGCACCUUCACCUUUCAACACACCAAGACAUAAUAGAGUCCAUGGUACUUUACCGGUAACAACACCAAACUUUGUUGCUACACCAUUACCAACCGCUGAAGAGGAAGAAGUAUUUUUUGAUAGUAAAUAUGAAGAUAAGGCAUUAUUCUUAGAUGGUCCUGAUGGUUAUUUUGAUCAACAUAGAACUAAGAUUAAAGGAUCAAAUAAUUCAAUGGUUAAAGCACCACAAUUAGAAUAUGAUGAAUUUAAUAGUUUAAUUUUAUUAAGUGGGUUUUUGCAUAAUAAGGAAAAACAAAAAUUAAUAGAUACUUAUAAAGAGAUGUAUACACAAUGGUAUUUUGAAUUGACACAAGGUUUCAAUUUAUUAUUGUUUGGUGUUGGAUCCAAGAGAAGAUUAGCAUUGAAUUUUGUUGAAGAGUAUUUGACCUCAAUGGUUGAUAUACCUGCAUUAGUUGUUAAUGGUUACAAUCCAGCCACUUCAUUCAAAGAGGUACUAACGACCAUAGUAUCUGCUUUAAAGCUACAUAAAGUUCCCAAAAGACUUGGUGAUUUAGUUGAUCAUAUUGUUGAUUAUUAUCAUAAGAGAGCUGAUACACCAAGACUGAUACUUUUGAUACAUAACAUUGAUGGGACUGGAUUAAGAGAUGAGAAAACCCAGAUAUAUCUUUCCAAGCUAGCAUCCAUCAAACAGAUAUAUGUUAUUGCCACAGUUGAUCAUAUAAAUGCUCCAUUACUUUGGGAUUCCUCAAGUUUGGAUAACUUCCAUUUCGCUUGGCACAACACUACAACAUUUGCAGAUUAUUUAACAGAAAGCUCAUUCCAGGACAUUAUGACAUUGGGUCAAACUCAAAAAUCAUCCGGGUCAAAAGGUGCCAAAUAUGUCUUAUCUUCAUUGACCUCCAAUUCCAAAGGUUUAUAUAGGGUUCUUGUUUCGAAUCAAUUACAAAAUAUGGAAGAUGAUCUUACAUCCAAAAAGGCUCAUGGUGGUGGUGAUACAAUGAUGAAAGGUACUAUUAAGCAUGCAUUGGAGUACAAGAAUUUCUACAGUUUAUGUGCUGAAGAGUUUAUAUCGAGUAAUGAAAUCAAUUUCAGAACAAUGUUGAUGGAAUUUGUUGAGCACAAGAUGGCUGUCCUUACCAAAGAUCAAUCAGGUUCGGAGAUGGUAUUCAUUCCAUUCACUUUGGAAGAACUUCAAAAAUUACUUGAAGACGAAUUGUUAUGA